UGCGAUCUCGGACUGAUCUCGGUCCUAUCCCGGUGCGAUCCCGAGUCGAUCCCGGUGCGAUCCGGGUUCCAUCCCGCUGUGAUCCCGGUGCGAUCCCGGUUCGGCCCCCCCCAGGCCCAUGGAGCCGGCCGAGGUGGAGUUCCUGGCCGAGAAGGAGCUGGUGACGAUCGUGCCCAACUUCAGCCUGGACCGGAUUCACCUGAUCGGGGGAGAUCUGGGUCCCUUCAAUCCUGGUUUGCCAGUGGAAGUGCCUGUGUGGUUGGCCAUUAAUCUGAAGCAGAGGCAGAAGUGUCGGCUCAUUCCCCCAGAAUGGAUGGAUGUUGGAAAACUGGAGGAAAUCCGGGAUCAGGAACGGAAAGAAGACACCUUCACUCCAAUGCCCAGUCCCUACUACAUGGAACUCACCAAGCUGCUGCUGAACUAUGCCUCUGACAACAUCCCCAGGGCGGAUGAGAUCCGGACGCUGGUGAAGGACACGUGGGACACGCGCAUGGCCAAGCUGCGCCUGUCCGCCGACAGCUUCGUGCGCCAGCAGGAGGCUCACGCCAAGCUGGAUAAUUUAACCCUGAUGGAGAUCAACACCACCGGGACUUUCCUUACCCAAGCCUUGGAUCACAUGUACAAGCUCCGGACUAACCUCCAGCCUGGCGAGAGCUCCCAAUCCCAGGAUUUCUGACAGAGAGCUGGGAAGGAGCUGGAGCAGCUCCCACCUCCCUGCAGGGACCUCCCAACCCUCCAAUCUCCCCUCGGGGCCGGAUGGGAAUUGCUCCAGAGCUGCCUGAGCAUCGCCAGAGCCUCGGUGCAGGCGGUGACUCGCUGGGCGGAUCUCUCGGGUUGUACUUUCAGCGAGGGAACUUCUGAGGGCAGCACAGGCCACACACUGCCUUGAAAGCCGUAAAUUUCGAGGCGGUGCUUCCAUGGAUUUUCUCAGAGCCUUGGGGGAAAAAAAAAAAAAAAAAAAAAAAAAGAAGAAGAUGUGCUGGCAAUGAGGUGUCUGCUGGGGAGAUCAGCUGGGAAGCAGAUCCAUCUGCUCUUUGGAGAAGGACAAAAGAAAAUGGUUUUCCCUUUCAGAUACCAGGCUGUGGGGAAACACCAGAAUAUCAUCCAUCUUUAUUUUUGUAAUUGGGGUUU